AAAUCUCGCUAUAUUGCCCCGCUCCCGUUAUCCACAAUUGGCUGAAGACACCGCCACAUUUUCCCUCACGCUGCAUUUCCAUUGAAGCGACUCCUACCGAUUCAAAAUCGCCUCCACUGAAUAUCUCGUUCUCCCUCUGUUUUUUCGCCGUGUGAGAUUAACCGGGGACAAACGGGCACGCUUCGCGGUGCCCCGGCAAAAAACCGAGAGAUAUACACACGGGUGCAACGAACGACUUAUCGAGUUACGUAAAAUGCGACGAGAAUGCACCAAUCGCCAAAAGAUUUUCGAUCCAGCCAAAUUUUAACCGAGCUUUGUAUCGCGUCUGAUUAGACAAAUUCAGCGAACGCUAAAUUAGACACCCCAGAUUUAUGGCGUUUUCUUAACGUUUGCCAACGGAUCUCGAAAUAAUUUCGAUCGCUAUAUCGCUCUCGAAUAUCCUUGCCAUCACCGUUUCACUCCUCCGAUUUUCUAAAUGUUGUAUGUUCUAUAUUUCUUUUAUGUGUUCCGUGGUUAUUUGUGUUGUACGAUUUUCCAGUUCAGUGUUCUGGAAUUUGAGAGUUCGUUGCAUCUAGGGAUUUUGAGAGUCAGUAAUUGAGUUUCUGGAGCAGCCAUUUUUUAAUCUGAUUUUUAAUCACAGAGUUUUAGAUGAAAGAGUUGUUUGUUCAGAUACGUGUAUAAAAUAAAGGGAUAAGUUAAUUCGGGAUUUAGGGAUUUCGAGAUGCAGGAAUUUGCACGUUCGAAAAUUCGAGAACCUGAAAAGUUGUGUACGAAACUUACUCGAUGAAUUAUCGAGUUUACUUGUGUUUUAUCCAGAAAAAGUGAACAGUGUAUUUUAUCACCUAACCUAACUAAAGUGUCACCGAAAAAAAUGGUUUCAAGAGCGACCGGAAGCUGUGGUGUAGGAUGCUGCUCCCAGGCGUCGCAAAGAGGAUCUAUAACCUUCAAAGCAAGCAGUUGGUGAAACUCUUUGCCCGCCUACUGCUGCAAGAUGAAGACGACAUGCUGGAACAUUUGGAACAGGGAGACAUUGCCGAAACGAUACGAACGUUCUUCGAGACGAGUGUAGCUGUUAAACCGGCUGAGAAAAGUGUUCUCACCAUGCAAGAGGUGGAUCAGUUCCUGGAGAGGUUAUCCUUUCUCACCAGGGAGGAAGAUCAGAUCAAUCACUUCAAAUCGAUCAUUUCCAGGUGUACAACGAACGACCUGAAAAUGAUUAUACGUCUGAUAAAGCACGACCUGAGGAUAAACGCAGGUCCGAAGCACGUUUUAUCAGCGAUUCAUGAGCAAGCCUACGAAGCUUUCCAGGUAUCCAGAGACCUGGACAGUGUUGUGGAACGAUUUUCGCAGGCUCCUUCUGGAUCUAAACUCGGAAAAGUAUCUUCUGGUUCUUCUGGAGGUGGUAAAGUCGCUCUGUCACUGAUGACACCUGUUUUACCGAUGCUGGCUGAAGCUUGUAAAUCUGUGGAGAUGGCGAUGAAAAAAUGCUCGAGUGGCAUGUUGUCGGAGGUGAAAUACGACGGAGAACGUGUACAGGUGCAUAAAAGAGGCAAUGAGUUUCGAUAUUUUAGCAGGUCUUUGAAACCUGUGCUUCCUCACAAGGUGAAUCAUUUCAAGGAUUAUAUUCCGAAAGCUUUCCCAGACGGCGAUGAUCUUAUUUUAGAUGCUGAAGUGUUGAUGAUCGAUACAAAUACUGGUCAACCCUUACCUUUCGGUACUUUAGGUAUCCACAAGAAAGCGGAGUUCAAAGAUGCCAACGUUUGCCUAUUUGUAUUUGACUGUAUUUACUAUAAUGGGGAUGUCUUACUACACAAGAGUAUGAUGGAGCGGAGGAAGAUCUUAGAGGAAAGGAUGACGGAGAUACCUAACAGGAUUAUGCUCUCAGAAGUCCAGGAAGUUCGUCGUCCACAAGAUUUAGCAAAGAUGAUUGCCAAAGUUCUCAGCAUGGGUUUAGAAGGAUUGGUCUUGAAGGAUGUUACUGGUAAAUACGAGCCAGGCAAGAGGCACUGGCUGAAGGUAAAAAAGGACUACUUGUUUGACGGCGCUAUGGCCGAUACUGCGGAUCUCGUUGUGCUCGGUGCAUGGUACGGCACAGGAAACAGAGGUGGUAUGAUGUCCAUCUUCCUCAUGGGUUGCUACGAUGAGGACCAAGGGAACUGGGUAACAGUAACCAAGGUACACACAGGACAUGACGAUGCCACCCUGACCAUGCUACAGGAUGAAUUGGACAUGAUCAAAAUAGCCAAAGAUCCUAACAAAGUGCCAAAGUGGUUGCGAGCCAACAAACCUAUGAUCCCUGAUUUUGUGGCUAGAGAUCCAAAGAAACAACCGGUAUGGGAAAUCACAGGAGCAGAGUUUACUAACCAAGGGGUUCAUACAGCUGACGGUAUCAGUAUAAGAUUCCCCAGGGUAACCAAGAUCCGUCGCGACAAGGAUUGGUCCAGUGCGACUACCCUGAACGAAUUGCGACGUCUUUUCAAGACCAGCUCUGAAUCGAUUGACUUCAGCCUUCUCCUAUCAUCUGAUUAUAAGAUCAAACAAGAAGCCGACAGUGAAAGUAAACCAACUACCGACAGAAAGUCUAAGUCCCCCACAAAAAGAAACGGUGAAUUAAAAAUCUUCAGUCGCUCCCCGAGCACCAGCACAGAAAAUAGUCCCAGUUGCAGUAAAACAAAGCAAACUCUUGAAGAAGUGAAAGUGAAAGUCGAAGAGGAAGACCCCGCAGAGUUCUACGCGUUCAUCAACAAAGAUUACAUAGAGUACUCUGUGGAUGGAACUCCUCUGAACUGGAUCGAAGGUCGAAAGCCACAGCAGGGUCUGCCGUCGAACGCCAAACCUCUGCGGGAUCUUACAGAUGACGAAGUGAAGUCCAAAUCGAUACUGAAAGGCGUUCCAGUCAGUCUGGCGUCGAGCUUCAGGAAGAAGAAGAGGAAGGAGGCUCAGAGGUUACUAAAGACUCUCGGGGCGAGGGUGUUGGAGGAUGUUGAACGGAGCGGGGCGAUGUACGUGGUUCAUCCUUGCAGGGGGAUACCGUCGUCGGAGGUUCAGCUGUUCGAGGAUGUUCCGAAGAGCACGAGGCACGUGAGCGUCUCCUGGUUGGAAAGUUCCGCUUCCGGCCGCGAGAUGCAGCCGACGGAAGAGCACGCGGUGGUAUUGGCUCCGGAUUACUGUUCCUGUCCCUGUUUGCAUCGAUAACGUUCCCAUCGACAUCAAACUACGAUUAGGUUCGUUUGUACGUCCUUGAUGAUCGACUUGCCGACUACAGUAUCGAUUUUAUGGAGUCGCUUUUAUUGCUUUCCGAUUCGAAUGUUUUGGGAAGGGUUUCAAAUUUUGGGGCGUAGGAAGUUGGGGAUUUGGAGAUUUUGGGAUCUAGGGAUUUAGGGAUUUAGGGAU